AUGGCCGUAUCACAAGCUGCAAAUAUCGUGGAAAAGGUGGUUGGACAUAGUGAUAAUGCCACCGUCACAACCGAUGUGAGUAAUUAUAAUAAGGGAGCUUAUGGGCAGGAAAUAGGAGAGAAGAUCAAGGCCACGACAUGGCAGGGAAAGAACAGUGUCCAAAUCGUCGAAAUGCCAAAACCAAGAGUUGUGGAUGAAGGCGAUGUGAUAGUCAAGGUAACUGGUAGCACAAUUUGUGGAAGUGACCUUCAUCUAUACCAUGGUGUCAUUCCCCAAUUAGAGAAGGGCGAUGUUCUCGGCCAUGAAUUCUGUGGUGUUGUCGAAAGCGUGGGACCAACUGUGAAGAAGGUUAAGACUGGAGAUCGCGUUGUUGCAGCUUUCCCAAUUGCUUGUGGAGAAUGCAGAAACUGUAAGGAGCAAUUGACGUCAGCCUGUGAACGGACGAAUGAGAACUCCAUUACGAAUGCGAUGUAUGGUAAACGGACAGCAGGAAUUUUCGGUUAUAGUCAUUUUACUGGGGGCUUCGCGGGAGGCCAAGCAGAGUACGUUCGCGUGCCUUACGGCGAUGUUAAUCUACUGCAGCUCCCAGCGGACGUUCCAGAUGAGAAAGGCCUCUUCCUUUCAGAUGUCCUGGCAACCGCGUAUCAUUGCGUUGUUGAUACGGGUGUGAAGAAAGGUGAUGUUGUAGCCAUUUGGGGCGGAGGCCCAAUCGGCCAGAUGGCUGUGGAAUACAGCUUUAGCCAGGGGGCCACUCGUGUCAUCCUUAUCGAUGGAGGAGAGGGAGCAUGGAGGUUGAAUUUUGUCAAGAGCAAGAUACCAAAGCUUGAGACAAUAGAUUUCAGCAACCUACCAAGGGGAGAAUCAAUCACCUCCCAGCUGAAAAAGAUGGUAUCUGGAGGGCCAGAUGUGGCCCUAGAAUGUGCCGCGGGAGAGUACGCUAAAGGAUGGGCACAUUACUUCGAGAUGCUACUGGGAAUUGAGACAGACACCUCGGAAAUUUUGAAUGAGAUGAUCACUGCUGUCCGGCCGUUUGGACGAAUCGGUGUAACCGGUGUCUAUGCUGGCUACACGAACCAUUUCAAUAUUGGUGCUCUCAUGCAAACUGGUAUCCGGUUUAUUGGCAACGGCCAGGCACCAGUCCAGAAAUACUGGGAACACCUCUUGGAACUCAUACGGCGACAAGAGAUUAAUCCAUUGGACAUGGUAACCCACCGUGUCCCAUUGGAGAAUAUGCCGGAAUUGUACGCGGCGUUUGAGAGACGAGACAAAGGUAUGCAGAAGGUUUAUGUGCAGACCAGGUUCUCAUCACCUCCGGCGGAAGGAUCACCACAGCUGACCGAGCUUUGA